AUGAUAUUCUCAUAAAAGGUCCAAUAAAAGUAAAAUUUGGAGUACAAAGAUACAAUUUAAUUAAGAAUCAUUGAUUUGGAUUAGCAUCUAUUUUAAAUUAUUAUUUUAGAAACUUAGCCUGAUAAUGUUAAAUAUAAAAUGGAGAAUAAAUAUUUUAAAAUUGAAAUUUUGACUCAUCAACUAAAUUAUCCGAUUUUGGAAGUGCUAUUGACUGAAUAGUUAUAUAAUUAGAAUUAGCACCAAUACUUCUUCUAGUCAAAUAUAUAUAAUUGA